AUGUCGGGGAUGGCGGCGGCGGUGGCGAGGGAGCGGGCAGCGGCUGCGGGAGCGGGGCGGCACAGCCACGCCGUGCCCUACCUGGGGCAGGACUUCGGGGUGCUGCGGCAGCAGUGCCUGCAGGAGGGGCGGCUCUUCCAGGACCCGUCCUUCCCCGCCGGCCCCGCUGCCCUCGGAUAUCAAGAGCUGGGGCCCAAGUCCUACAAGACACAGGGAGUCGUCUGGCGCAGACCCACGGAGCUGUGUUCCAGCCCCCAGUUCAUAGCUGGUGGAGCCACUCGCACAGACAUCUGCCAAGGGGCAUUAGGGGACUGUUGGCUCUUGGCCGCUAUUGCCUCUCUCACCCUAAAUGAAGAAAUUCUGGCCCGUGUUGUUCCCAAAGACCAGAGCUUCCAGGAUAAAUAUGCAGGAAUUUUCCACUUCCAGUUCUGGCAGUAUGGGGAGUGGUUGGAUGUUGUGGUGGAUGACCAGCUGCCCACCAAGAAUGGGGAGCUGCUCUUCGUGCACUCAGCAGAGGGCAGCGAGUUCUGGAGCGCGCUGCUGGAGAAAGCCUAUGCCAAGCUGAAUGGAUCAUAUGAGUCUCUCUCUGGUGGCACCACCACUGAAGGCUUUGAGGACUUCACUGGAGGAAUUGCAGAAUGGUAUGAGCUGCAGAAGGCACCACCCAACCUCUUCAGGAUCAUUCAGAAGGCACUUCAGAAAGGCUCUCUCCUUGGCUGUUCCAUUGAUAUCACCAGUGCAGCAGAGUCGGAGGCAGUCACUACCCAGAAGCUGGUGAAGGGACACGCGUACUCGGUCACCGGGGCAGAGGAGGUGAAAUUCCGAGGAACUGUGCAGAAGCUGAUCAGAAUCAGAAAUCCCUGGGGGGAAGUGGAGUGGACCGGGAAAUGGAAUGACAACUGCCCAAACUGGAGUGGUGUUGACCCUGAGGUGCGGGAGCGGCUGACCAGGAGGCAUGAGGAUGGGGAGUUCUGGAUGGCGUUCAACGACUUCUUGAGGCAUUACUCCCGCCUGGAGAUCUGCAACCUGACUCCAGACACCCUGGCAAGCGACAAGUACAAGAAGUGGAGCCUGCUGAAGCUGGAUGGGAAUUGGAGGAGAGGAGCCACUGCGGGGGGAUGCAGGAAUUACCCAAACACAUUCUGGACGAACCCACAGUAUUUAAUCAAGCUGGAGGAAGAAGAUGAGGACCCCGAUGAUCCUGAGAGGGGAUGUACUUUCCUCAUUGGCCUCAUUCAGAAGCACCGGCGGAGGCAGAGGAAGAUGGGAGAGGACAUGCACACCAUCGGCUUUGCGAUUUAUGAGGUGCCCCCAGAGUUUUCAGGCCAGACAAACAUUCAUCUGAGCAAAAACUUCUUCCUGACCAACAAAGCAAGGGAAAAAUCAAACACCUUUAUCAACCUCCGAGAAGUGCUGAACCGGUUCAAGCUCCCUGCAGGGGAAUACAUCAUCGUACCCUCAACCUUUGAGCCCAACAAGAAUGGGGAUUUCUGCCUGCGAGUCUUCUCAGAGAAGAAUGCCGACUCCAUGGUUAUAGAUGAUGAAAUUGAGGCCAGUUUUGAAGAGACUGAGAUCAGUGAAGAUGACAUCGAGCCCAGCUUUAAAAAGCUUUUUGCACAGCUAGCAGGGAGUGAUGCAGAGAUCUCCGCCUUCGAACUGCGCAACAUCUUGAAUAAGGUCCUGGCUAAACGCCAGGAUAUUAAAUCUGAUGGCUUUAGUAUUGAGACAUGCAAAAUAAUGGUUGACCUGUUAGAUAAUGAUGGGAGUGGUAAACUGGGCCUGAAGGAGUUCCACACCCUCUGGACAAAGAUUCAGAGAUACCAGAAAAUUUACAGGGAAAUUGACAUGGAUCGAUCUGGUACCAUGAGUUCCUAUGAGAUGAGGAGAGCGCUGGAAACAGCAGGGUUCAAAUUAAACUGCAAGUUACAUCAAAUCAUUGUGGCUCGUUUUGCUGAUGAAGACCUCAUCAUUGACUUUGAUAACUUCAUCCGGUGUUUGAUUCGGCUGGAAACACUGUUCAAAAUGUUUAGGAAGCUGGAUACUGAGAAAACUGGAACAAUUGAAUUGAACCUUGUUAAUUGGCUGUGCUUUACUGUCAUUUGAGGCACCAACAUCAGCUUAAGAAAGCUCAAAAAGAGCAACAUCAGGUGAAGAUAACUGAGCAAAGAUACAAGUAAUAUCCUAAAGUGAAUGUGCCUUAACUUAUACAGACAACUUUUGCACACAUUUAUAAGAACGAAACUGUUCUACUUCAACAGAAGUAUCUGCAACCCCAUUUUUAAGGGCCUGGCAGUUUUUAGUAUUAUAUAACCUCUGUAUAAAAACUUUAGUAUAAAGCCUCAGUGCUCUGCUACUAUCUCUGGAUUUAAGGUGUUUUACAUGACUUCUGGAAGAAAGCUUAUAGCUUGACAAUCCGGUUUAAGAAGUGGGUUUUGUAUAACAGUUUCACUCCUGCGUAUCUAAAACUGGAAAAGGGAUAGCAUUGCAUGUGUGACCACAGGCAUUUAGGGAUUUCUUGUAUACUUCCUGUUCAAGCUCGGCAUUACUCUGAUGAAAUAUUCCUUGAAGAAUUUGAGUAGCAAGUAUGUUUGAUCAAUCUGAAGGACAAGUCUUUCCCUCCUGCCCAUUUAUGUGCCUGUAGCAGGAAGCUGCAACCAGACUCUUGCAAGAGAAAGCCCAUGCUCUCAGGUGGAAUCUUGAGUUCCUGUUUCUUAUUUAUCUUCCUUUGAACUGUAAGAAAGUAUUUAAAUAAAAACAGUAGAA